GAAUGCAUACAAGACCCGAGUUACUUGGGCCCCGUUGUAAACAAGGCCACCAGCGCCCAUCUGUAGUAAACCAACACAGCAGGUUUUCCGCCACAUUUCAGUCAUUUGAGGAGAACGCCAACUUGGUGAGAUGAUAGCCGCUGCAACCGCUUUAUGUGGAACGGUGUCGGUCCAAGCCAAGAUACUGCGCCCUGGGCUUGGCUAACCGGUGAGGAUGCCCUGCUCUAAUCCUACGAUGCUUAAAGGAACGUGAAGACCUGGUGGGAAAACGUUGGUGUUGUGCACAUCACGGAUCCACUACCAGUCUACCCGAAUCUGCCACCACCAUGAUGGCACCUCUCCUCUCCACCAUGCUGUUCGCAGCCACUGCAUCAGCCCAAGUCACAACCUCCUUCUGGAUGCCCUCGAACGGCCUAGGAACAGACAACAUCGGUUUCGUCGGCUCUGUGAUCAACGCCAACGAGACCCAUACCACCGUCGCCGUCGACUAUGACGAAGGAACCGAUAAAUCCGCACUCAGCAUAGGUGUCGAUGGUCCCCAAACCAUGACCAUAGGUCCCAAAUUCUUCGGAACCACAAUCGACGUCGGCUUUGCUGCCAAUGGGGGAAACGCCGAAGAUGACGAAGAAGACUCCUACUCACUUGACUGCUCCUGGCCGACCCCCGAGGAAGCAGGGUCGAACCGUACAUGCAUAGUGUCUUACCCUCCGGAGCUCGCUAGGCUUCUCUGCCAGAACACCGUUUACCUCUCGACAAGUGAAGACGUUUGGACGAGAACACACACCUAUCCUGCGCGAGGCUCGGAACCCGCAGGUACUGAGACUAUAAGGCAGACUUUUACCUAUGGCUAUGGCUCUGCUGUGUCCUCCGUCUCCCAGCCGGCCUAUUGCAGUGAGAGUGGUACGCCUGAAGAGCCUUACGUUUCUGAGGUGGAGGUCCCUGCGACGCAAUUCGGAACUUACUACCUUGUUAUCACUGCGGGAACGGAGAAGUUGGAAGCUACUGCUGCGGCUACACCGACUAUGUCUAGCGCCCUGUCUACGAAUGCUCCUACGAAUGAGACGAGUGCUUCUGGGACUGCGCCCUUGCCUGAGGUGACGGAGGCUGGUGCGCCGAUGAUCAGGGGUGCGCCGCUCUUGGCAGGACUUGGUGCUGCUGCUGCUGCGUUCUUUGUUUAGUUUAUGAGCUUGAGGAACGAGGUAGGAUGGGAUGGAUUAGCAUGGGAUGGAUUAGCAUGGGAUGGAACGCUCGUUUGGUAACUUGUAAUGCAACUCCCAGUUCCGUGUAGUACGACACACUGGGUAAUGAUACCCAUUGGUUUGCCUCCUUUCGCACCAGAACCUGCUACUAGCGCCCUUUUCUAG